AUGGUCAUCGGGAAGCUAGGCUUGAGCUCCCUCUUCCACACGAAGCCCAAGGAGGAUGCCUCGCCGUCACCUCCGCGAGGCGACCCGGCCGCCGCGCCCACCUGGGCGUGGCCGUCGUGCAAGCACCCGAGAACGCAGUCCUUCCACGCCGCGCCACCACCGCCCGGGGCAAGGACGCUCGCCUCCAUCUUCCUCAACUCCGCCGAGAGCUCCUUCACGAACUCCUCCGCGCGGCUUGACUGCUCCGACAGCCCCUCGACGGCGUCCGAGGCGUCGGCGGAGGGCGGGGCCGAGGACGUCGUCACGGCCGUGGGGCCCCUCCGCUCCUCCGACCGGCUCCUGUUCGACCCGGGGGCGUCGGGGGCCACGAGGUCCAUACUGGAGGAGAAGCUGCCGGCGGGCGCCCGCGAGGCGUUCGUCGGCGGCCUGGCCGUGGCGUUCGAGUCGGCGGACCCGUACGGGGACUUCCGGGCGUCGAUGCAGGAGAUGGUGGCCGCGCACGGGGCCGGCGGGUGGGGCUGGGGCUGGCUGGAGGAGAUGCUGGGGUGGUACCUGCGCGCCAACGCCAAGGACACGCACGGCGCCAUCGUGGCCGCCUUCGUCGACGUCGUCGUCUCCGUCGCCGACCCCGGCCGCUCCUCCUGCGCGUCCGUCGUCGACGGGGAUCAGUAAACUAAUCUUACUUCCCAUGGCAUUGGCAUUGGCAUUGGCAUGGUUAAUGUGAGAGUGAACUUUGUCGAGCUAGCUAAUGAUGGCGGGGUGUGGUCGAUGAGUGAGCAGAUCACGUGACGUCGGCGCGUGCCCAACACUUUGUACGAGCCCGAUCGAGAACGUAGUACGUACUACAUCAGCAUCAAAGUUAUUUUUAACUACGUAA